GAUAGAGUUCACACAGUUAAAAGCAUCUGAUAGUGACUUGUGAGCUGACGCUGUAUGUCCAUCCACUUGCAGAAAAGCAGUCUACUAUACAAUUAUUGCCAAGUUGCCUGGGGACAUAAAACCUAAGCAAAUCAGGAAACUAUACCAGGUUCUUGUGCUUUCAGAGUGCAAAUAUUAGUAGUAAGUACCUCCCAUUUAUACCAAUGUUAAAAUGUAUUUAUUUGUAGAUAUAUUAAGUUCCAUUAUAUAGUCUGUAGUACUAUUACACAAAAAAAAUUAAAUGAAUCAUUAAAGAAUUGUAAUUUUCAGACAUAUUUAAGUAUCUUUUGCACAUAUAUUUAUGCAUAUUAUCUUCCUGACUGGGAUCGUAUUGUAUUGUAUCAGAGCUUUGUGCAGUGGGAAUCCAUUUCCCUAACAUAUAUUUGCAGGGGAAUCGAAUACACACACUUCUUAUUGUGUAUAUGUACUGCAUACAGUAAAUGAACAUUCAAAAAGAUAAUUGGACAUAACAAUGCAUAUCAACAAAUAAGCAAUCAAAGAAUAGAUCAACGGUCAUGUAUUCUUAAGCAUUGAUUAAGGCCAGAGUAUUAUCUGUAUAAUCAUGUGCUUCUUCCUCCACACAAGGCCAACAUCAUUGUGACGGAGUGACAAGGCACCACUGAUAAGUUGGCCCAGCUGCCAAUGCGCUAGAUGUGAUUAGAAUGUCCUAUACAAUGUCUCUUACAUAUCUACAUGCCAAUAUUUUAAUUUCUAGUAUUUUGGUAUUUGACUAUAAAACAAUCACCACUGCGUACUGUUCUAUCCACAAAAUAGUGAUUAAAGAUGGUGGCUGUAUUCUGUUUAACAGAAUCAUUGGGGGCUUAUGAUGAGGGUUAAAUAUAAUUGUAUUUAUCUGUUUAUUAUUUGGCUAGUUACAAUGUUUACUUUUACCAUUGUGUUGCUAUUUCUGCAGAAUUGCACAUAUUUUUAUAUACACAAAAAGUUUAUUUUUAUGAUUGUGUAUUGCACGUAUAUGUUCCAGUACUCAUAAAAUAACUACACACAUGACAACAUAUACAUAGGGAAGAUAUUUAAAAAAUUGAGUGUAGAAUCACUAGAAUUACAAGGACUAGUCCAGUUGAAACGGUGAACACUCUGUCUGGCAAAGUAAAGUUGAAGGGCAUUUGUAAGGAUAUACAUUGAUCAAAACAUUUGAGGAUAUGCGGCACAGGCGGCCGCCUUUGGGCGCCAGAACAGGGGGCGCAAAAAUCUGAAUCCCCUGCCUCUAGCUGGGGACUCUGAUUUUUCAAAUCACCUGUCACCCUGCAGCCUGCAGCCAACAUACAGCAGCCAGGGAAAUCAGCCGGCCUUUCCUGAUGAUGUCAAGAAGAAGGGGCGAGACUUCCACUGCUCCUCUCUCAGACUCCCCAGCAAUCCACUGGGCAGUCAUGGAGAAGAGCAUGAAGUCAUACCACCUUCUCCUGACAUCAUCAGGAGAGGCCAGAUGACUUCCCUGGCUGCUGUGUGCUGGCUCCAGGCUCCAGGCUCCAGGCUCCAGCUCCUGCCCAAGGUAAGUCUCAGGGAGGGGGGAGGGAAUACACAAAUUGUUUGGUUAUUUUUUUAAUCACUUUUUUUUUAUGCAGUUUUUUUUAAAUCAGUCCCUGUCCCUCCACCAUAGACCCUGUGCCCUCCUGUGUACUUCUCUACAACACCUGUGCCCCCACCCUGUCCCCUCUCUCAGUCCCUGUUACCUCUCUCAAUUUCUGUGCCUCCACUACAGCCCCUACUCCCCUUAACACAGCUCUUGUCCCCCCCCACCACAGCCUCUGCCCCCCCUCUACCACAGCUCCUGUCCCCACCUACCACAGCCCCUGCCCCUUCUCUCACUAACUGUCCCACCCCUCACCACAGCCUGGUUCCACUCUCACCAGCCCCUGCCCCCCCUCUCAGCCCCUGUGUACCACACCACAGCCCCUAACACCCUCAUCACAGCUCCUGUCCCCCCUCACCACAGCUCCUGUCCCCCCUCUCAGUCCCUUUGCACCCCACCACAGUCCCUGUGCACCCCACCACAGCCUCUGCCCCCCUCAGCCCCUGCCCCCUGUACCACCCCUCACCACAGCACCUGUUCCCCUCUCACCAGCCCCUGUUCCCCUCUCACCAGCCCCUGUCCCACCAGCCCACCAGCCCCCUGACCCCUUUUGCAGGCCCUGUCAUCCCCCUCUGCAGGCCCUAUCCUUCCCUUUACAGCUCCUGACUCCUCUACUAUACAUCCCUCCAACUACAGCCUCUAUCACCCCACAUGCAGCCCUAUUCUUUUACACCCCAUACCUCCAGUACAGCUCCUAUUCCGUUACUACAGUCCUUACCUACCACUACAGUCCCAUAUCAUUCCAACUACAGCCACUCUCCCCCAAUUGCAGCCCAUAUAACCCACACCACAGUCCCUUUCCCAAAUUGUCCCCUCUCACCAGCCCCUGUCCCCUCCUCAUCAGCUCCUGCCCCUCCAGCCCCUGUCUUCCCUUCUAUGACCCUGUCCCCCAAGCCCCAGCCCCUGUCCCCACUCUCAGCCCCUGUGUACCGCACCACAGCUCUUGUCCUCCCCUCACCACAGCUCCUGUCCCUCCUCCCAGCCCCUGCCCCCCCCCUGCAGGCCAUGUACCACCCCCCCACAGGACCUGUCCUUCCCUCUACAGCUUCUGACUCCUCUACAAUACAUCCCUCCAACUACAGCAUCUAUCACCCCACAUGCAGCCCUAUUCUUUUACACCCUAUACCUCCAGUACAGCUCCUAUUCCCUUACUACAGUCCUUACCUUCCACUACAGUCCCAUAUCAUUCCAACUACAGCCCCUCUACCCCAAUUGCAGUCCAUAUAACCCACACUACAGCCCCUUUCCCAAAUUGUCCCCUCUCACCAGCCCCUGUCCCCCCAUCAGCUUUUAUCUAUAAGUUCAUCUGAAUAUUAUUAUAGUAGAAAUUUUUAUUAGUAAUCAAACUAUUUUAAUGUUUCAAAAAUAAUCUAAUUUAUUUCCAAUAAAUAGGAAUAUCACUUUUAGCAGAUAGUAACUGUAGUAAAAAAUCAAAAAUAUAAUUUCUUUCUUAUAUUCAUUUUCAUCUUUAGAAUUAAUGUAACUAACUAUACAGAACUAAGGAGGUGAUGAAUGUGACGGUAAAAUAUCCAAAACUUUGAAACAUGUUGGUUUAUGUACAGUAAUUUCCAUAUGAAAUUUGCAAAACAGCUAAAACAAAUUCCCCAAGGCUGCACAGCAAAAUAAUUAGAAUGUUUAUUAAAAAAAGAUUGCCAUCUAAAAGAAAUGAAGCGACCAUGCAACCAUGCGACCAUAACAGAGAAUACUUACUAAGUAGACAAAAUGCUGAAAAGAUCACACUUUUUGACACACAUAUAAUAUAGUUGGAUUCCCACAAUUGACAUUUCAUAGACUUAUUUACAUUUUCAAAGAAAUCUAACUUAUCAAACUGACAACAAAAUGUUCUGAUAUAUUUGUUUACAGUGCUUUAACUCCCUAGUGAUAUUUCAUGCAUUUGUGAGGACUUUUUGGCACUCUUGUUGAGAGAUAGUUCUCAUAUUUUAUGCUUUCUCACUAAGAACAUCCUUAUAUAUGGCAUGAUUGUUUUUCAAAGGACUGAUGUGGCUUUCUCUGAUAAUAUUAUAAUACAGUAAAUAUAUUAAAUCAUACUUUCUUACCAACUAGUACAGCUAAAGAAAAAUACCUUAAAAUAGAUUGAUUUAUAAAAAUAACACUCCAAGCACCAUAACCACUACAUCUCACUGUUGUAAUUAUGGUUCUAAGAGUUCCCUGAUCCCCUAAUUCAUACCGCAGGACUUAGUUCAGGUUAGCUAGCGUAAUUUUCAGCCUAUGACUUACUGUGUUAGUAGUAAAGGAUGAUGACGAGUGCCUUGCUGACGCCAGGAAAGAAGUCAAACCAUUGAAAAACAAUUUGACUACUUUACCUAGGGGCAUUUUGACACUUUUAAUUGUAAUCAUUUUAUGACUAUUCUUACAAAUCUUCUAGUUGUAUCUAUUUUUUGCAAGCAUAACAUUACAUUUUCCACUGUAAAUAUUGUAAUACUGAUGUGGACUAAUAAAUGUGGUCCAAAAAAUACUUUGAGUUCAGCUACAUCCCCAAAAUAAAGGAAUACGCACAAUAGUAGCUUUCUAAUAGUUUGAAAGUUGUAGAGUCAAAUACCUGUUUUGACAGAUUGAUUUAUAGGCCAAUUUAACUUUUAGGGUAAAAUAAUAGCUCCACCAUGUCACAGGUGGUGGUCCGAAGACCGGGACCCCUGUAUGCCUGAUGUUAAAAAUAGUAGUCUCAGCAUGGAAGUAGACAAUCAGAGUCACAGUACUUACCUACAAAGAAAGGAGCAGAGGCAAUGAAACCACUGCUUGCAGGAACAGACUGUAACAAAAAGGAUUAAUGGCAAAGGAAAGGGUGUGGCAACACAAAACAAAAAUUUAAAGGAAUCCAGGAGACUGGGAAUUCCAGGAACUGAAUUAAGGAAUGAACCCAGAAAACUCAGCAAAAAGAAAACCAGACAUAGAAUAGAAAACCAGAAAAACCAAGGAAAACUAAACAACAAUUGUAAAAAGAGUACUGGAUACCAGAAGGCCAGAAAUAUCCAUAGAAUGGAACAGGACAUGGCACACCACACCCAUCAAGGCACAUUAUUUUUAAGAGAGGACAACAUUGAUGACAACUUGAGUCAUUUUACAUGACCAUUUCAUCAACAAUUUCUGACAAAUUUAGCAGUAAUAUAAUUCUUAUUUAAUUUCCUCACACAAUAGUAGAACAAACCAGGCUUCUGUGAAAUUCAUAGGCUUGGUUUGUUCUUCUACAUCCAAGCAGAGGCGUAGCGUGGGGGGUGCAGGGGGGGCCGGCCGCACCGGGCGCAACAUCUGGGGGGCGCGCUCAGGACCGGCCCCCCCAUGCUGCAGCCGCCCGAGCACUCUGUAGAGAGCCUCAGGCGGCUGCAGCUUUGCCCGGGCGGUGCGUCCAUGAGGGCGGACCGCACCGCCCGGGCGCAGCAUGGGGAGAGGGGCUGACAGGAGGGAAAUGCUCAGCGCUCCCUCCUGUCACUCCCUCUGUAGUAGCGUGGCCGAGCCCUGCAGUAUGAUGGUCCGACGGGUACAGGGAGCAUCUGUCUCCUGUACCCGGCCGGACUAACAGGAAGUGCACACAGAGUGCACAAGCAACCUGUACCCGCGGACCAUCAUGCUGCAGGGCUCGGCCACGCUACAACAAAGGUGGGGGGGAGGAGAAAGAAAUUGGGAGGGAAGGGGGGAGAAGAAAUGGGGAGGGUGGGAGAAGAAAUUGGGAUGGGAGGGGGAGAAGGAAAUUGGGAUGGAGGGGGAGAAGAAAUUGUCAGGGGAGGGUAAGAAGAAAUUGGAUGAGAAGGGGGAGGGGGGAGAAGAAAUUGUCAGGGAGGGGGUAAGAAGAAAUUGUGAGGGGACUGGGGGAGAAGAAAUUGGGAGGAGGGGGAGAAGUUGUGCCAUUGAGGGGGGGAGGGGUGAGAAGAAACUGUGAGGAGGGGGGGAAGAAGAAAUUGGGAGGGGCAGAAGAAAUUGGCAAGAAGAAAUUGGGAGGGGGGGAGAAGAAAUUGGCAGGGGAGAAGAAGAAAUUGGCAGGGGAGGGAAGAAGAAAUUGGGAGGGGAGGGGUAGAAGAAAUUGGUAGGGGAGGGGGGAGAAUAAAUGGGGAGGGUGGGAUAAAAAGAAAUUGGUAGGGGAGGGGGGAGAAGAAAUGGGGAGGGUGGGAGAAGAAGAAAUUGGCAGGGGAGGGGGGAGAAGAAGAAAUUGGUAGGGGAGGGGGGAGAAGAAGAAAUGGGGAGGGGAGGGGGGGAGAAGAAGAAAUUGGUAGGGGAGGGGGAGAAGAAGAAAUUGGUAGGGGAGGGGGGAGAAGAAGAAAUUGGUGGGGGGGGAGAAGAAAUUGACGGGGGGUGAGAGUUACAGGGGAGGAAGGGGCAAUGAGAGUGGGAAGGGGGAGGGGAGAAGAGAGUGACAAGGGAGGGAGAGGGGGGAGAAGAGAGUAACAAGGGAGGGGGGAGAGAUUGACAUCCAUCACACACACAUGCAAUGCACCCCUUGCACACAGAAAAACACACAAUGCAUUACACACACAGACACACACACACACACACAAACAAUGUAACCCUUACACACAAUGCAUCCCUUACACACACAGAAACACACAAUGCAUUCCUUACACACACUCAAUGCACCCCUUACACACACUCAAUGCACCCCUUACACACGCACACACUGCAUCCUGUACAUACACAGAAACACACCUUGCAGCCCUUACACAUACAAACACAGAUUCACACAAUGCAUUCCUUACACACAUAUCAGGACAUCCCCUACACACUCCACCCCCUGUGAACAAACUCAUUGGUGGAACAUGAAGGUGGACCCUGGGACCCAGACCUUGAGCUGUGUAAAGGGCCCCCCAAAAAUGGAGCUGCUUCCCGUUCUCCUAGUAUAUUGAUUUUUGUGACCACAGUUACAAACAGCCUCCAGAGAGCCUGUUCUACACCAGACCAGUGGAGCCAGACUGCAGCUAGAGCCCAUCAUCAUCCUCAUCUCGUUGUAAGUAGGCAAUCUAGUAUAUUAUUUGUGGCACUAAUCUCUAAUUUACCUCACAUUAAAGAAACACUAUUCCGUUGUUGAAAAAUUUGCGCUAAUUAAAAGCAGGCGAAUUUAAAUUAAUCUGUAUAUUAUAUACAGAUUGAUAUCUUGCACUUCUAUUAAAUAAUUACAAUUAGAGGUACAGGAUUGAGGAAGUUGGCUCCAUCUAGCCCAGUCUUGGAUCAUCUCCAGGGUAUGGUUCCAUUUUGAUGUUUAGUUUUUGUUCUUGAUAUUUUUUGUCGUUUACGAUGGUUGUGAGACGACAUAUAAUAGCAUGGCCCAUGCUAGGUUACUACAUUUGUAUAUUUGUAUUCAUAGACCUGCUGAAAAUGUGGAGAAUGUGUGUAAUGCAUGUUCGCACUCAAUAAAGUGUUGGAAAAUAAACUUGUAUUUAGAUGCAUUUUACUUUAAUUACAUAAGUAUUUUCAUAACAAACAAUACAUGUGCUUGGGGGGUAAGGGUUUCUUUAACUAAUCUAGUGGAAGAGACUCGAGUGCUAAAAUCCACGGGUUAGGGGGCGCAAAUUACUUGCCUUGCCCAGGGUGCUGACAACCCACGCUACGCCACUGCAUCCAAGAUUAGUAAUGUGCUACAUGAUCUGAGUACAGCAAAUACCAUAUAAAGUCCGGGUGAAGUCACAAGUUCAAAUGAAUUUUGUAUUUGACAUGUGUUAGUUUGUAGUAUUCUGUUCUGGAAAUUAUUAUUAUUUAAUACUUCACAUGCCCCAAAUGGAUUUAAAGAUAAUGGGACCAAUAAGCAGGGACCAUUGUAGAUGUGGGUCUAACAGUGCUCCUGUAACAUUCAUUUUUGGACAACGGUGAUGUUAUGUGAAUCUUACAGAGCAGAUGCUGCUAAGCAUAGAGAGCCAAUAAGCUGUACAGGCGGCAAGGAAAGUGGAAAUCUGCAAAUAUAUAAAAAAAAAAAGAAGGAUUCAGGAUUUAUUAUGGGUUUAAUAAUUUAAUAAACCUCUUAAUCCCAUAGAUUGCAUGGACAUCAAAUAGAGUAGAAGACCAAAUCACUACGAAAUUACUCUACUUAAUUAUAACAAAUAUAAACAAAACAUUAAGUCAUCUUGUGUUUUUCUAAGAUUUUCUAAAUGUUUUCAUUAGAUCUAUGUAGCAUUUACAUAUUUAAAGUUUACAUUUUCGCUGACAAAAUUUGUGUAUUUUGUUACAGGCCUUUGCCAUAUGGAUCGCAUUUCCAUUGAACCUAAUCUUAGCGAAGCUCUUUCUGUAGUGAGAACCUCUCAUUUGAAGGCAAUGCUGGAGGAUUGUCUAUUCAAAGCAAAACGCGCAAAACUGCAGUGCUCAAAAGUACUUGUUCCCAGAGAUCUCAUCACAAAAGUGGCUCAGGAAGUCUUGAGGCUCUCCUUAAAUGAACCUUGUGGACUGCGUGGCUGCAUUUUAUAUGUGCGAAUGGAAAGUGAAAAUAAGGUUAUGAAUCUAGACACACUAGUGUAUGAUACUACAGUGGAACCUACCUUUGAGUUGUCGCUGGUAUUAAAACAAGAAAGGCAAACAUGGGAAUAUUUCAGAGAUAUUCUCAUAAACAGGACUUGUUUUCCUAAUGUAUUAAGAAGCAUCCUAAAAUUAAGUUCUAAAUUCCUGCUUGUCAAAAAGAGAUUAUAUUUUUCAGUAGUAGAAACUGGAAAUGAAGAUUAGAAGAAAUAAUCAUGCAGGUCUGUUUUGUUCCUUAUUUUGUUAACAAUCACCAGAAAAAUCUUUCUUCAUUUUUAGUAUCCGACCUAAUCAACCAAUGUGUUUCAAGGUAAUAUUAUGUAUCUAUUUGUAUGUAUUUUUAUC